AUGCCAUAAAGGAGCCAUAAUCUGGAUAAGAUGCAUUUAAUUCUUCGCCUUUCUUAAAGAUAGCAACAGCUUAAUCGCUUUUACCUUUAUACAUGCAGGCGUAAGCCUUACCCAUUCUGCUUUAGAUGCAUUUUUCAUCAAAGUCUAAAAUCCUUUAGAAAUUAUUUUGUGCUUCUUCAAAUUAUUUUAGAUAAAUGUAAGAAGAUCCUCUCAAAAGAAUACAGUGUCUUUAUUACUAAGUAAGGUGAUUUUUAUCCUUUGCUGAACGAAUUUGCUCUAAAGUAACUGUUGCAUAUUAUACAGUGUCAUCAUAAAAAUUUUUAUUAUAAAGGAGGGUAGCCAUUUUCUCAAAAAGACUUGGGUUUCUUUUAUUCAUUUGCAUAGAAUACUUAUAUUAAACAAGUGCAUCUUCCUAUCUACCAAACUGAUAGUAAUAAAUAUCUCCUUUAAGCUCAUAUAAUAGUCCAUCAAAUUCAUUUUAUGCUAAUCCUCUAUCUAUAAUGUCUAAGGCAUCAUUGUAUUUACCUCUUUUAAUAUGUAAUUAUGCUAUUGCAGCAUCAAACUUUGAAUUUUUUUCUCCAUAAAUUUAUUUCAAAGUUGUUUAGAACUCUUCUGCCUUUGUAUAGCUAUUUGUAUUCAAAUAAUAAUCGUACUUUGCUUCAACAUAUUCUACAUCUCUCAAGCAUUAUGGAUAUGAUUUCUCUAAUUCCAUGA